GCAGUAACCGUCUUAGGGGUGAUUUUAUUUGGUCAAUAUGGCGCAAGAACGAAAUAGCGAGGUACGCCGCAGAAGUUCAGUAAUGAAACGGGGAUUGUCUUUAUCAAGUUCGGAGGGGCCGAAUCUAUUGGAAAAACUGAUACACAAUGCAUUUGACGUCUUUGACACUGCCAAAAUCCAAGAAGUGGAUGUCAGAGACUUGGGAACAAUGAUACGAUCGCUAGGAUGUGUUAUGACUGAGGCGGAAUUGCAGGAAAUUCAAGUUCAGUUGGAGGAUGUGGAAAAUAAUUCCGUUUCACAAUCCAGAUUUGUAGAAUAUAUGACUAAAACCAUUAACGAACACAAAUUAAAGCCAGCAGAACCUGAAGAAUUAUUGAAAGCAUUCCAGCUAUUUGAUCCUGAAAACCACGGUUAUAUUAUGAGAGAUGAUUUGGCAAAAGCACUGAUGGAACUGGGAGAGCCUUUUACUCAAGAUGAAGUAAACGAGAUGAUGUUUGUAGCUUGUGACCCCGCAACGAAUAGAAUCAACUAUGAACACUUUAUCAAUCUGCUUAUUGUUGACUAUGAAUGAGAUCCUAUAAAAAACAACUGGAGAGAGGACGACUAUCGGCGUAAAAUGUUUUCCAAAAAUGAGGAACGCACAAUUCAAAUAUGUUCUUUCGCAAUGUACGCAUGAUUAUCAUGAGUAUAAGAAUCUAGUGUUUUUCAAUUUUUACACUGUAGAAGUACAGUACUCACAACAUGG